AUGAUUGCACCAACUGAAAAGACUUACUAUGGAUAUACAAAGGUACAACUCCUUUGCUAUACCUCAAAGAGCGUAUAUCUACCUCUUAUUCAGAAGUUUUAUCAUCUGGAAUAUGAUUACCAAGGCUUAUUUGUGUUCACCUCAUCUAUUGGGUAUAUUACUCUCUCUCUAUUUGUUGGGUACCUGGUGGUUCGUCUCGGCAUAAAGAUCACUUUGACUAUGGGACUAUCCAUUCUGAUCAUCUCUAUGUUAGGAGCAACAUUUUUCGUCAAUAUCUGGGUUUUGCUUGGAUUCCUUAUCAUUGGAGGUUGUGGCAGCGUUUUCAUUGAUGUGGGAAGCAAUACCUGGGGUACCAUGCUCUUCCAACAUCACAAAGCCGUAAUGAUGAACACCCUUCACUUCUUCUACGGUCUGGGAGCCUCGAUCGGUCCCACCUACACUGGUUGGGCCAGUCUUCUCAUCGACAAGGACUAUCGUGGCGUGUUUAUUUCUCUGUUCAUUCUCCUGGCUGUGGGUCUGAUUGCGGUUCUCUGCAUCCCCAAGCAGCAGUCCGUGAAGGACGACGACGAAGAAGGAGCCGACCCCAACUUCACCAUCCUCUCAGCGCUGAAGGAUCCUGCAGUGUAUCUGCUUGGCUUGGCGCAGGGCUGCAUCGCGGGAACGGAGAACAUCACGACGAACUGGAGUCCGAUCUAUUUCCGAGACCUGUACGGGUGGGAUGUCCACACGAAGGGCGCGCAUUUCGUGACUCUCUUCUUCGCUGUGUACUCCAUUUCGAGAGCUGUGAGCGGCUUCCUCAUCGAUGCGAUCGGCGAGAUCAAGUCGCUGAUGCUGCUGCUCUUCUCGGUGAUCCUGCUCUAUAUCCUGGGCUUCUGUCUGGGAGAAAAAGGCGCCGCCGUUCUGAUUUCGACGGGAGCGUUCGUGGCGCCCUUGUUCCCGACCUUCCUCACCGUGGCCAUGCUUUUGUUUAAGCGAAACGUGUCGAAAUGCACGUGCGUGAUCCUGUUCUUCUACAUGAUCAUCUCGCAGAUCGUGCAGUAUUUCGUGGGACUCAUCUGCAAACACAUGGGCGUGCAGUGGGGAUAUCGCUUCGUUGUGGUUCUCAUGGGAACGGUGCUGGUGGACGUGUUCGUUCUCAGCUGCAUUUUGAAGAAGCGCGAAGAGAAGGAAAAGAAUGAUGCCACCAUUGAGGCGCUCCUCACGGAGGCCUAA